AUGGCUGAUUCAAUUUUUCGAUCCUUAAGAGAUGGGGCGUUAGAAGGAGAGCUUGCACCUACUCUCACAAUCAAAGACUCUAUAUCUUCACCUUUUUCCUUCCACGUUUUCUCUCACAUUCUUCUUCAACUCUCCUCACACUUCGCCGCACAAAAAUCUCAUACCGGUAUUGUCAUCGUUGCGCUUUCUCAGAGUCCUUCGUUUUACGCCGAUUUGUUGAAGAAUAAGGGAUUGGAACUUGCUUCUUCCAACAAAUGGAUUCAUGUUUUGGAUUGUUAUACAGAUCCUCUUGGUUGGAAAGAUAAGACAAGGAAAUCUGGAGAUGUUAAUACUCCUUCGGCCCAAAUUUCAAUUGCUACUAGUCCUUAUAAAUCAGUCAAGGAUAUUGAUAAGUUGUUUUUGGCGAUUACUGAACUCGGCAGAGGUUUAGUUGGAGAAAAUAAAUCCCGGUUCUGUGUUGCGAUUGACUCGCUAAGUGAACUGUUGAGACAUGCAUCUUUGCAGUCAGUUGCAGGUCUUCUAAGCAAUCUGCGCAGUCAUGAUCAAAUUUCAAGUAUAUUUGGAUUAGUGCAUUCUGAGCUUCACGAGGAGAGGGCUGCAGCUGCUCUUGAGUACAUGUCCUCCAUGGUGGCCAGUGUAGAACCAGAUCAUCAUUCUUCAGAGAAGUUCUUAUCAGAGAAAAAUUUUACCCAAGGAAAAUUUAAUGUCAGACUUAAACGCAGAAAUGGACGUGUUAGAGUGCUGUGUGAAAGGUUUAAAGUUGAAGCCGGAGGAAUCAGCUUUGCUUCUGUUUCAGCAGAAGAUGGAACAACUGUUGCAGGCUUACUGCCAAAGGUACAUUUUAAUCUCCAGCUGUCAGAAAAGGAGCAAAUUGACAGGGCAAAGGUUGUGCUUCCUUUUGAACACCAAGGAAAUGGUAGUCCCAUACAAAUUUAUGAUGGUAGAAAAUCCCUUGAAGAGAGCAGCGGUGAGGGGGCACCACUUUCAAGGGGUGGUAAAAAGGAGGAUUCUACCCUAGGUGAGAUUAUAUAUUUUCGUGAUUCAGAUGAUGAGAUGCCCGAUUCUGAUGAAGACCCAGAUGAUGAUUUAGAUAUAUGA